AGCUUUUUAUGUAAGCCAGCGGCGGGUCUGCGGCGAUGUUUGAAAGGGGGUUAUGGUCUAACGACCGCGCUGCGAAGCUUCUGCUGUAGAGCGCGCGCGUGUGCUGCGCCCGUCACCCGCUUAAGUGUCUGCUCCCCCCGUCGCGAGUGCCUCAGAGCCGUGCGCACAGCCGAGCCAGGCUACAGCCGCGCCGCGCGGAGCGCCACACCCCCCUCUGGGAUCCGGGCGGGAGCUCGCAGCAGGAUGGCGUCGUCGUCGGUGGGUGUGAGCUCGGAGGGGUCCCCGGAGCCAGGGGGCAGCGGCUGGCCCCGCAGGGAGCCCGAAGGGGAGCAGGAGCGGCUGCUGCGGCGCGGGGAGCUGCUGGCCCUGGGGAACCACCUGAAGGAAGCGCUGGAGACUUACUCGGCGGCACUGCGCCUCGGGCCGCCUGCGGGACCCCGCCGUCUCGAGACCCUUGUGGACUGUCUGGUACUGAACUACCGCCUCCGACAGGGGCUGGACUGGAGCCGGGACCAGGGGGCCCGGGAGGAGGGAGGCGGCGCGGUCGCAGGGCCCCUGACCUGCUGCGGCUGCUGGGGCUUCUUGGGCGAGCCGGUGACCGCUCGGUGCGGGCACAGUUACUGCCGCCGCUGCCUCCGGGGGGAGCUGCGCUCCCGCUGCCGCCUGUGCCGGGACCUGCUGCUGCCGCUGGCCGGGGGCGGCCCCGCCGCCCAGCUCCGGACCAGCGUCAUCCUCAGCCAGUUGGCGGAGAAGUGGUUCCCAGCCGAGUGUGAGAGGGCGAGGACCGGCAACCGGCUGAGGGAGCUGCUGAGCCAGGGGCGCUUCCGAGAGAGUCUGAGCGCCGCCAGCCAGGCCUUGCGAGCAGAUCCCAGUGACUUGAUGUUAAGAGUUUACAGAGCUGAAUCAUAUGCUGGCCUCCAAGAGUUUAAAACAGCCAUAGAAGAACUAAAUUUUAUCAUCUCUGAAAUGUCAAAUUGGCCAGAGAUUUACUUCAGGAAAGCAAAGGUGCUGCAUGAUGCUGGGUUUGUAGGUGAUGCCUUACAACUGUUCCUACAGUGCUUAUCCCUUGAUGAGGAUUUUGUUCCAGCAAAGCUAGAAGUGGAAAAGACAUUGUAUGAUUUGCUGUCACCAGAAAAUGUGAGAGAGAGUCUGAAGGAAUCUGCUUGGACUUCACCUCAUAUUCGAAAUAAGCCUUUUACACUUGGUUCUGAAAUGGAGGAGUCUGGCUGUAAUCUACAGCUUUGUCCAGAGCAGAAUUUAGACGUGUCCGAGAUAACAGUGGAGUCUUUCAGACGAAGCCUAAAUCGUGUACAAUCUGCCCAUGCUCUUAACUCCACAGAAAAGCUUGCUAAAGGAGAUGGAUUAAAAAGGGUUUCUUCUGAACCUUUGCUUUCUGGCCAGGAAAAAAGUGCUCUCUUAAAAAGGAAGCUUUCCCUUUCAGAACAGGAUGCAAUCAUGUGUGAAGAUGGAAGAAGCAAACAUAAAAAACAAGGAGAAACUACAAAAAGGGAUACUGCAUUUUCACUGGUUUGUGGAACAGUUCCACAGCACUUAAUCGAUGUGGCAGAUUUUGAGUGCUCUCUGUGUAUGAGGUUAUUUUUUGAGCCAGUGACAACCCCUUGUGGACAUACCUUCUGCAAGAAUUGUUUAGAACGCUGUUUAGACCAUGCCCCGCAGUGUCCCCUAUGUAAAGAGAGCUUAAAAGAGUAUUUGGCAAUUAGGAAAUACAGUGUCACAGUACUACUGGAAGAAUUAGUGGUGAAAUAUCUGGCAGAUGAAUUAUCUGAGAGAAAAAGAAUUCAUGAUGAAGAAACUGCUGAACUCUCGGACUUGACCAAGAAUGUUCCAGUAUUUGUUUGCACUAUGGCAUACCCCACUGUGCCUUGCCCUCUUCAUGUGUUUGAGCCAAGAUACCGACUGAUGAUUCGCAGAAGUAUGGAAACCGGGACUAAACAAUUUGGGAUGUGUGUCAGUGACCCUCAAAACAAUUUUGCAGAUUAUGGUUGUAUGCUGCAAAUUAGGAAUAUUCAUUUCCUACCUGAUGGGAGGUCUGUUGUUGACACAGUUGGUGGAAAGAGAUUUAGAGUUUUACAAAGAGGGAUGAAAGAUGGCUAUUGUACUGCAGACAUCGAAUAUUUGGAAGAUAUUAAGGUUGCAGAUGAAGAAGAGCUGAAGAAACUGAGAGAGCUUCAUGACAUAGUAUACAAUCAGGCUUGUGGCUGGUUCCAAAGCUUGAGGAACAAAUUUCGCAGCCAGAUCCUUCAGCACUUUGGGCCAAUGCCAGAGAGAGAGGAAAACCUACAGCUCAGAGAUUUGAAGCAAUUCCACAGUGUAAAACAUACACAACACACAUGGUAGAGGUCGGAAAAUCAAGUUAAUAUUGCGCUAUGACUGGCUCACAAGGAAAUGCUGCCUCCUAUUUCUUUCUGUCGGUUUAGUGCGACGCUGAAUUUAGCCAGUCAAUCCUCCACAGAUAAAGAGAAAGUAAACAUGGGGUGAAAAGGGAAAACUGUCUGAAUACCAAUAAGAAAUCAGUGCUUAAAAGUUUUCAAGAAAAGUAAAGACUGGAAUGAAGAGGAUGCAUCGCGCUGCAGGUAUUGCAGCAGUGAUGUCACUGCUCGUGCUGAGAGAAUAAAGGAGCACGUUGAAAGCAAGCGAUACAAGAAGCUUGAAGAAGAAAGUGGGUUUUGGAAUAAACAGUCCAUAUCAGGAGCUUUCACUAGGGCUAUAAUGAAAGAGAGGACACAGCGUGAUUGUGUCAGUUACUUUGUGCGUGCUCUUUGUUUAGUCAGACAACUGCUGCUAAUUGCAGAGGGCCCUGUUGGUGACUUUGUGCGACCGUACUGUCCACCAGCAAAAACACUUCCUAGUGCAGACAACCUGCCUCGUAAGUAUCUGAAAGAAAAUGGUGAUGCUUUAGUAUCUAACAAAUUGAUGGAAAUGUGGUAUCUAGUCUGAUUUUUGAUGAGUCUGAUGCUCUGGACCGUCCAAUUCUUGGCCUUUUUGUUUUAGUUCAAUUUCAAAGCAAGUAAACCCACUUUGUUUUGUGUUUGAUGUGACAGUCAUCCCCUCUGACACCUGUUUUGUCAAUGCAGCAAUAACUGACAUGUUAAAAAUUCUUAAUUCUGGCAUACCUCAGGGCUCUGUCCUGGCCCCAAUACUUUUUAAUCUAUACACCACGGAUAACCUGCAAUAGAGUCGAGGCAAUUCAUGUAUGCGAAUGACAUUGCCUUGGCUGUUCAGUGCAUAAGCCUCCAUACCAUCAGAUGCUCCCUAACCCGAGAUCUUAGCAUAUUUGCUGAUUAUUUCCAACGCUGGAAAUUUAGGCCUAACCCGAAAAAAGCCAUGGUGAUCGCUUUCCUUCUGAAGAAUAAACUGGCUAAUGCUAAACCCGAUGUACAGUUCUGCAGAGAGCAUUAGCCAUGAGGCUAAUCCAAAGUAUCUUGGCAUUACGCUGGACUGGAGUUCAGCCUUUCAGAAAUACCUCAAGAAGAAGGUCAGAUAUUGUGUUGUGGUUAUCAGGAAAUUGGCCGUAAUAUCAUGGGGCUCCAGUGCAUGGACCUUACAAACUGCAACAAUUGCCUUUGGUAUAUUCUGUGCCUGAAUAUUGUGCAUCAGUUUGGUCUCACAGCAGUCAUACUAAAGUCCUUGAUACUCAACUCAAAAACGCCAUGUGCAUAGUUGGACGCUUGUCAGGGACGCUCAAAUUGACUCCAGUUGACUGGCUUCUGGUCCUAUCGCACAUCCAGCCUCCACAGAUUAGAAGAGCUGUCCAGACAUCUCACUUUCUCAAUCAUGUCAGUGAAAACCUGAAGAUCCCAUUGCAUGAUGACUUGCAGAACCCUCCAAAGACACAAUUAAAAUCCCGCAACUCUCUGUGGAACUGCCUCGACCCUUAAGCUCAAUUUAAACACAGAGGCUCAAUGGAGAGCCACGUGGAGCAUUUUGACUGCUCAGAAUAAACAGCUUGUUGUUGACCCUGCUGAGGAACCUCUGGGGUUUGAUUCCAGUUAGAAAGACUGGUGCAGAUUAAAUCAUAUCAACAAACCCUCUUUAAAUGGAAAACGAGGCAAACACCUGUAUGCAACUGUGGUAACCAGGCACAGACGAUGGAGCACAUCAUAUAUCUUGGUGUGUCCUUUAUUCUUUUGCCAGGAGCAUGAAAGGAGGAGCAUGAAGGGCAUUCACCAAUUCACUCACUGCUGCAGGAAUGUGCUCGCUAUCAAAUCUAGAUAUAAUUUGCAGUCAUUGCUGCCUAGCCAAGCUAUAUGGAAGAAGACAUGUCAUGUUUGAGAUGUACCAACUAACUUGGGAAAAUGUGGCUACAACUACCACGGAUUAUGCUUCUUAUGUGGGUAAAUCUGCACGAGAGAUUAAACUCUAUCAGAAACCAGAGCUGCUACAUAUUACCUGUCAUGCUCACCUGAUUAACAUUGCACUGUCAGCAGCUACUGUUACAGAAGAAAUGAAAGACGUGAAAUCUUGCAUUAUUGGAUUCAGGAACGUUUUCAAGCAUGCAGACAAGUUGAAGGCUUUGUUUUACAGAGGGGGAGAUGAGUGCAGAGCCAACUGUCAAUUCCGUACCCCUGUUGUGCCACAUCAGUGGAUGAACUUGUACUUCGCUGCCUGUCAUGUAAAUAACGCAUGGACCGUGCUAAUACAUCUCCUAGAAGACCUAGAUAAUCUUGAGAUUAUUGGUUCUAAAGCAGAAACUCUGAAGAGACUGGCAAAUAACCAAAAUGACCGGCAGAUUCUGCAUACAAAGGUAGUGUUCAUUGUUGAAAACUGGGAGUCGGUGUGACACACAAAAAACACUGGAGUUUUCUCUGAGUACUGCCAACAUAUUAGCCAAUACAGCUGAUACCGGAUCUUGACAACCAAAAUCCAGCUGAAUUGAGCACAAAAGCUGCAGGAGAAACAUACAGUAAGAGAACCCAGCUGUUUCUGGAAAUCCUUCCAACCUUGGAACACAAGAACAAAAAAGUGUUCAAAACCUUCAACACAACACUCAGCAAAAAAUGGGAGUUGAUCGUGGCCCGUAAUCUGGACCCUGAAGAGCUUUUUGUGCCAAAGAUUCUUUUUGGAAUGUCACCCACUUUUCUCAAGGUGAACUUUGCACAGACUACAUCCGUUAUGCCAGAGUGUUUCUUCCAUUUGCCACUAAAGAUAUUUCAAAUCUGAAAUGCUUACAUGAACAUGCAUAACCCUGACAACAUGAAACUGGUGGAUGUGUUGGAUUUUUGGAACAAUCAAGACACGCUUUCCAACUUCAGCAGAGUGGUAUGGCAAGCUUUGGGUAUGGCAAGCUUUGGGUGUAUUCCCUGGAUUUAUUGGUCUAUUGAUGAUGGAUAGUGCUAAUUUUCAAAGUUGGACUACUUCCAAGACAGCAAGAGGCUCAAUGUGAGGGAGGAUACUUUGGAGAAAAUUGUGACUGUACAUAAACUAGGAUUUCUGGAAAAACUACUCUCUCUGAGACAGACAAAAAAUAACUUUAUACACUUAAAAAAAAAGUCAGCUGUACUGUAGUAAAAUGUGUAUAUUACAAACUUUUUUGUUCCUGAUUUUUUCCCAAUUUCAUCCCCGUUUUAAUGUUUGGAAAAUAAACAUAAAAAAAUUACCAGAAUUUCUUUUACAAAUGAAAACUGAAAAUGCGGAACACUAGUUAUUGCUUAGUGUAGUGCUAUAAGUUUAAAAGGGGUCUUUGCACUAACAGUGAGACACAGGACAAUUGUUCUGUUAAAAGAGGAAGUGUAGUAAGCUUAUUGGUGGAAAAACAAGGGUGGAAAGUUUCAUGGAAGUAAGGUAUUUUGCGGAGAGGAGGGAGGUGGUUGGCAGAUAGGAAGAUGGAGACCCUUCCAAAGUAAAGGUGCAGAGAGUAGAGAGAAUUGAGAAGAGGGAGUAGGAAGAAUGAGAGCAGUUGUGCAUGGGACCACGAUUAUGUAAAUCUUGAAGGUGAGGGUAUGGGUCUUGAAUUAAAUGUGAUAUAAAACAGGAAGCUAAAGAAGGGAUUUGAGGGGAGAGUAACAUGGUUGAAGCACCAGAAGAGGAGGAUUAUAACUUUAUUUGACCACUAAUGUUAGACUAAACUUUGUUCCAUAGUUAGCUUUUGUCUUUUUAAAAAAUUAUUCAGCAUAUAAUUUACC